AUGGACCGCACCACCUGGCUCGACGGCCUUCGAGGCAUCGCGGCGGCCAUCGUCGCGACGGAUCACUAUUUCAUGGGCGGCGUUCUGGACAAUGCCUUCCUCUCGUUCUGGGCUGAUCCACCCGAAGAAAAUCGGAGGCUUAUCCAACUGCCUCCGAUUCGCCUCCUUUUCGCCGCACAUGCUAUGGUCCCGUUAUUCCUCGUGAUCUCGGGCUAUGCGAUUUCGAUCAACCUUCUACGGCUAAGAAACGGCGACGACGGCGAUUUCGUGCGUCGUCUGUCUUCUGCAGUUAGCAGGCGAAUUUUCCGCAUCUAUUUACCGGUCUUUGUUAUCGCCAUUAUCUCACAGCUUCUUUAUUUUUGUAAUAUUUACCAAUGGAACUUUGGCGAUGAGGUUGUCUGGGGCAGGAAGCCUUGGACUGCACCAUGGUUGCACAUUACCUAUGUCUUUCGCUAUAUGCUCGACAUCACGAAUAUUAUCAAUUUCCAGGGCAAUCCUGGCUUGAAUGGCCAACUUUGGACGAUGCCUAUGGAGUUCCGGGGCUCAUGCAUCGUCUACACUGUGGUAUUGGGACUGGCAUUCUGGCGGCCUCAGCUUCGACGCAUAGCGCUAGGGUGUCUGAUGAGCUAUUGGUUCUACUUUGGUCUUUGGGAUGUCUUUGGCUUCCUAGCUGGUCUGUACUUGGCUGAGAUGCGACUUCUCUCGGGGUCAACAGCAGACGAGGAGCUAAAACUGCCUUAUCACUCUUUGGGAAGAUGGACAUCAAACAUAAAGUCCAUCAAUUUCUCAGCAAUCUGGAGUUAUUUCUGCUUCAUUUUCGGAAUCUACCUUCUCUGUCUAAGCGACGAUGGUGAAUUGCCACCCGGCUACCUAUUUCUCAAACUGGUCGAGUCAUCACGCUGGGAGAAUGACUGGGCAGUACUCAGCAAAUGCUGGAAGACGGCAGGGUCUGUUCUUGUGGUCUACGCCAUCAGCCAAUUGCCACGUCUACAAUGGCCUCUAACUUCAAGACCGAUGCAGUAUCUGGGCAAGAUAUCAUUCUCGCUCUACCUCGUACACCAGUCUGUUUAUCACCUUGUCCGUGACCCCGUGAGGAACUUUUUGUGGUACAUUGCAACCAGGGAGCCGUACCCUGGUACGGAGAAUGCCAAUCAAUUCACGAUACCUUUUGCAUUUACAUGGUUGGUGGGGUAUGCGGUCAUGGCUGUGUUCAAUCUAUACGCGGCACACCUGUAUACGAGGCAUGUGGACGAACGCUGUGUAGAUAUGGCGAAAAGGAUCGACAGGUGGCUUACUAGAAAAUGA